GAGAGCAAGCAACCUGCUUUGCGGAACCUGUCGCAUCCUCGCUCGCAGCCCCGGCUUCCCACGACUCUCCAGCUCCACCGAAAAGCCCACCUCCCUCUCUUCUCAACCUGUUGGUGCUCUUUCGAAGAGGACGCGGUUUCUCCGGCUCGGGGGAGAAGCAACCACCCGGGACGCGCUGGACUCCUGGGGUCCACUUUGGCCCUCUUUCCCCCUUGGAGGAAGCUGCGCCCACCUCUUUCACGCCCCGGGAGAGCCCCCUCCCCUUCAGAAGCCCGCUCCCGAGUUCUCUUCUGAGUCUUCCCGGGCCCUGAAGAUGCACUGCUACCUCCUGAGCGUCUUCCUGACCCUGGACCUGGUGACGGUGGCCUUCGCCCUCUCGACCUGCAGCACCCUGGACAUGGACCAGUUCAUGCGGAAGAGGAUCGAGGCCAUCCGGGGCCAGAUCCUGAGCAAGCUCAAGCUCACCAGCCCCCCGGAAGAGUACCCGGAGCCCGAGGAGGUCUCGCCGGAGGUCAUCUCCAUCUACAACAGCACCCGGGACCUGCUCCAGGAGAAGGCCAACCACCGCGCCGCCACUUGCGAGAAGGAGCGCAGCGACGAGGAGUACUACGCCAAGGAGGUCUACAAGGUCGACCCCAAGCCCAACUACCAGAACGCCAAUCUCAUCUCGCCCAAUGGCCCCACCCCCUAUUUUAGAAGAGUGAGAUUUGAUGUCUCAGCGAUGGAAAAAAAUGCUUCCAACCUGGUGAAAGCUGAGUUUAGAGUAUUUCGCUUGAGGAAUCCAAGGCCUCGCGUAUUGGAACAGCGGAUAGAGCUUUAUCAGGUUCUCAAAAACAAAGAUCCAGCAUCACCAAUGCAACGUUACAUUGAUAGCAAAGUAGUUAAAACAGAUGCUGAAGGUGAAUGGCUAUCUUUUGAUGUAACGGACACUGUACAAGAAUGGCUCCACCACCGAGAUAGGAAUCUGGGAUUUAAGAUAAGUUUACAUUGUCCCUGCUGCACGUUUGUGCCUUCAAAUAAUUUUAUCAUCCCAAAUAAAAGUGAAGAGCUAGAGGCAAGAUUUGCAGGUAUUGAUGACUACACAUAUCCCAGUGGUGAGAAAUUAAAGUCCAAUAGGAAAAAAUUCAGUGGGAAGAACCCACAUCUUCUGCUAAUGUUAUUACCCUCCUACAGACUUGAGUCACAACAGUCCAGUCGGCGGAAGAAGCGUGCUCUAGAUGCAGCCUAUUGCUUUAGGAACGUUCAAGAUAACUGCUGCCUGCGUUCAUUUUAUAUUGACUUCAAGCGGGAUCUUGGGUGGAAAUGGAUACACGAACCUAAAGGAUACAAUGCAAAUUUCUGUGCAGGAGCAUGUCCAUAUUUAUGGAGCUCUGAUACUCAACAUAGUAGAGUACUCAGCUUGUAUAAUACUAUCAACCCAGAAGCAUCUGCAUCCCCAUGUUGUGUAUCCCAGGAUCUAGAACCCCUCACUAUUUUGUAUUUCAUUGGGAAAACACCCAAAAUUGAACAGCUUUCUAACAUGAUUGUAAAGUCUUGCAAAUGCAGCUAAGGGAUACCACAGCAUGUGCAUUCUCUCCUCAGAAAGGAAAGGAAAAAGAAAAAAGAAACAUGCAAAAAGGAAGAAACAACAACAACACUAAAGAACACAUAGGAUCAUCAGUGUUUUUUUAAAAGAGGAAAAAAGCGGUACUAAGUCCGACUUGUUUGAGAGUUUGUUUCAUUGUUUUGUGUUUUGUCUUGUUUUUAAACUGUCACCUGAUGCAAAACCGUGAAGGCCUUAUUCUACAUUUCAACAACAUGUUUAGUGAGAUAGACAAGAAGUAUUUUUAAAGGAAAAAAGGCAAAAAAAUACAAGAAAGAAAAGAAAAAACGAAAAAAACCUUUUUAAAAUAAAACACUGGAAGAAUUUGUUAAAGUCUUAUGUGAAAGGAAAAAAACAGGAAAAAUCCCUUUAAGUGGAGUUGCUGUAUCUGUCCCGUGGCUUACUUGAUCUCUGUGUUGUCAUGCCAUAGACACCCAAUCUGUUCUUUGUAGUUUUUAGAAUUAAGAGUGCAUUAUUUAUUUUUAUGUAAUACGAUCAAACGAGACUAUGUCAUUGCCAUGGGAGGGGAGGGGAGGGGAACAGGGAGGGAGGAGAGACACAAAUGUGCAGACCAAAUAAACUGUUAGAAACAUGGGUAAUGCCUUGGGAACAUGAGCUCAAAAAGGUCCUGGAACGACAAGUUCAGCUCAAUUAAAAUGGUAGUCUGAUAUUACAUUACAAAGGAAGUCUGCCUUUUUAAAAAAGCCACACAUACCUUGUUUUUCUUCCCAGGAGCCUAGAAUGGCUUUAUGUAAAGCCUCAUACCAUUGUUUUUUUAAAAAAAAAAUCUGAAAAACGUAUUAAUAAAGGACAUUUUGUUUCAGUCUCAAAGACUAGUUUAUUAAGAUUUUUUUUAAAAAAGAAGCAAACUGUAAAUGAAUAAACUGUCCAUUUAGUAAAUCAGUGAAAUAUUUAAUAUGUACUGGUCUAAUCUUCAGACCUUAAUAUGUUGCUGUAUAGCUAUUUGCUUUGGGAUUGUUUGUUUCUUGGUAUAAUGUAACCAUACCUAUAGUACUACAAUAGGUGGGUAGUAAGAAGCCAGCUUAAUUGGAAACAUAACUGUAGACCUCUAAUGUAAACUAUUAAAAAUUAAGUACUUUAUGUGUAAUGUGUAAAUUUUCACCAUAUUUUUGUACUCUGUUAAUACUGUCAACUUUGAAGAGUUUGAAUUUGGGGACUCUUGUUGAUCACUCAGAACCAUGUGUUUCCCUCUAGCUGGCCAGUACGAGUAGAGUCCCUGUAUUUUCAACUUGCACUACAAAUACAUGUUUUAUAAUUUUUGCUAUA